GCAGCUGCUGUUGGGGUCAUGCUGGUCCUGGUAUUGGUGGUCCUCAUUCCUGUGCUGGUCAGCUCCGUUGGCACAGGUGGAACAGAUGACAGUGCGAGCCACUACGAGAUGCUCGGUACAUGCCGCAUGGUUUGUGACCCCUUCCCCAGCACGGGCACAACGGGAACAGGUGUGAACAUGGGCACAGAUACAGCAACCACAGGGCUACAGGUGGAUGACGAGGCAGAUUUGAGUGAUCACAGCAUCGGCCCGCCACUGCCUACCUACAGUGAUCAUGGCCCACAAGGUAAACCAGGACGUCCUGGCAAGCCUGGACCCCCAGGACCACCUGGAGAGCCAGGCCCACCAGGACCUAAGGGACCACCGGGAGAUGGUGUGGACAUAGUACGAACAGGGAUAUUAGGUUUAGGGGGUAAAGGGGCAGUUAGCACAACUACCUACAACACCACGCCCCGGGUAGCAUUUUAUGCAGGACUACGAAACCCUCAAGAAGGUUAUGAUAUUUUGCGGUUUGAUGACGUGGUGACUAAUAUUGGCGGUAACUAUGAGGGCGCAACAGGCAAGUUCACUUGUAAGAUCCCUGGCACCUACUUUUUCAUCUACAAUGUGCUGAUGAGGGGAGGAGAUGGCACCAGCAUGUGGGCUGACCUGAUCAAGAAUGGUGUGGUCAGGGCCAGUGCCAUUGCCCAAGACCAGGACCAGAGUUAUGACUAUGCCAGCAACAGUGUCAUCCUUCAUUUGGACGCAGGCGAUGAGGUUUUCAUAAAGCUGGAUGGGGGCAAAGCUCAUGGGGGCAACAGCAACAAAUAUAGCACCUUCUCAGGGUUCAUCCUCUAUGCCGACUGA